GAGGGUAGUUGCUAAUUUUCUUUACGUUUAGGUUGCAAAUGGGCGACGAGAUGUCGAAGCGGCGUAAAUUCAUGUUCGUUGCGUGGGUGGGGCCCAACGUGUCGGUCAUCAACCGCGCUAAGAUGUCCACUGACAAGGCCAUCGUCAAAGAUAUCAUUUCUAAUUUCGCAGUAGAAUUGCAGUUGGAGAGCCAGGCUGAAAUAGACAUCGAUCAAUUUAAGGACGCGCUGAACAGAGCGGGCGGCGCGAACUACGGCACCGGGGUUAGGGAUUUAUGAAUUGCACAAUCGAACAUCGUCUGCGCCUUACCAUUUUAAUAAAACGAUUUUAGACAAUACAAUUUCUUAUUCAUUUCUGCAGAUAUUUUUAAAUCGACUACGAUAUUUCAUCAACUAAUUUGUUAUAGUCAUGAUAGCGUGUGUAUUAUGUAAAAAUUGUAGUCUCUUCCAGAUAUAUUAGUGUCGCUAUAAUUUUUAAUACAUAUCGGGUGCGACAGCGCCAUCUGCCAGCGUUCACAAAAUUGUACGCGCUUUGUUCUAAGCAUUUUUUAUCUAAGUAGUGCUUUUUAUAUUAAUCUUUCAGUCAUAAUAGUUAAAAUAAUUCGAAAGUAAUAUCUUCUCAUGAAGGUUAAUUUAUUUUUUUAACAUUGUAAGGUCGACAGAUUUAUUUAUGGAUUAAUUUUAUCAUUAAAAAUAACGUGUUAAGGCGUUGUGCAGUCACGUAUCUUUGUAACGAGGUUUUUGCCAAAAAGUUGUAAUGUUGCCAUGUAUAAGGCGCGUUAGGUGCAUUUAUUUUUUUGUCUACUCAGAUUUUGAUGACCAAGUCGAAAUUUUACAUUGUAUUGUAUACAAGAAAAGUUUGGAUUUUAACUGCUUUUAUAUACUUUGAAUAGUGUUACUAUCCAACAUAAUUAUUGGUGAACCGACCGAUAAACGCAAAUAACCAAAUUUA